GUGCUCCUGCACACUCCCCUCUCAUUGCAGCUUUUCGCAGAGCUGCAGAUCGUGCCGCCUGUGAACACCUGUGACGUGCCUCCCACGGUGGACGAGGUGGAGGAAAGACUGGCCACGCGCCGCGAGGAGAUGGCGAAGUGGGAGGAGAAGCGGAAGGAACUUCUCCGUCAGCGACUGGCCCUGGAGUUGGAGAAGGCUCGACAGGCCCAGGAGGAGAAGGAGCAGGAGCGACUGAUCCGCCUCGAUGCGGCCCUGAAGCGCUUGGAG